AUGACUGGGCUGAAGAAGUGGUAUAUGGAACAACACAGUUCCUGCAUCAGCCCCCUAUUAACCAAUCCUGUAUCAAAGAAACACACAAAGAAACAGAAUUGUAUCUUCAUGCAUAGGAUGCACAUUAGUGGCAACUUUGGGGGUCAGCCACAGAACAUACAUAAUAGCGCAAGGCCAAGCGGACACUCUCUGUCUCAAGACAUCAUCUAUCAAAGGCGAUUUUUAUCAGGACUAAGUGAGACAAUGAGUGAGAAUGUCCACCUGGCACAUGGGAGGCUCUCAAAAAUAUUAGUUCCCCUGAAGAUGAACAGAAAGAAUGUCCACCUGCAGAACCAACGAGGUGGCCGAAUCUUCCUUCAGGAUAUCAAGAAACCAGACCGUGAUGAUUGGGAGAAUGGGCUGAAUGCAAUGGAGUGUGCAUUACACUUGGAAAAGAGUGUGAAUCAGUCACUACUGGAACUGCACAAACUGGCCACUGAUAAAAAUGACCCCCAUUUGUGUGACUUCAUUGAGACUCAUUACCUGAAUGAGCAGAUGAAAUCCAUCAAAGAAUUGGGUGACCACGUAACCAACCUGCGCAAGAUGGGGGCCCCCGAAUCUGGCAUGGCAGAGUAUCUCUUUGACAAGCACACCUUGGGAAACAGUGAUAGUGAGAGCUAAGCCUUAGGCUGUCUUCCCAGAGCCACCUGGUCCCUGAGGCCAUGCAUGCAUGUUGGGGUUACCUUACCUUUUCUAUAAGUUGUACCAAAACAUCUACUUAACUUCUUUUCAUUUGUACCAUUCCUUCAAAUAAAGUAAUUUGGUACCCAAAA